GAUCCGCGUCUGGGGAUGGAGGGGAGAAAUAAUCCCUGUCAAAGCGUCAGCUGAGGAGCCAUGAGGAACAUGUUCACCCAAGUGACUGUGUGCGUCAGGACCCAGCGGAGCUGCGGGUCCAGAAGUCUGCCCCGCGGCCCCAGAGCGCUCUGCACGGCUGCGGCGGGCGCCGUGGCGGGUGAGAAGCUCGGGGGGAGGAAGGGGGUGAGGAAGCGGGCCGUGGACGGACGGGUGCGAAGCUUCGAGGAGAUCCCGCACACGGGGAAGAGCGGCUGGGUCAACCUGGUCAAGUUCUGGAGGGAGGACCGGUUCGUGCAGCUUCACAAACACAUGGAGAGGACCUUCAACGGCCUCGGCCCCAUCUACAGGGAGCAUGUGGGCACCCAGAGCAGUGUGAACAUCAUUCUGCCGUCUGACAUCGCUGAGGUGUUCCGCUCAGAGGGCCUUCACCCCGAGCGCAUGACCCUGCAGCCCUGGGCAACGCAUCGGGAGACGCGGCGGCUCAGCAAGGGCGUCUUCCUCAAGAACGGCGAGGAGUGGCGUGCCGACCGCCUCCUGCUCAACAAGGAGGUGAUGAUGAGCGCGGCCGUGAAGCGCUUCCUGCCCCUGCUCGACGAGGUGGCGAGGGACUUCUGCCGAAUGCUGCGGGCGAGAGUGGACAGGGACGGGGGAGGCGAGGAGGGGAGGCGCGGCCUGACCAUCGAUCCCAGUCCCGAUCUCUUCCGCUUCGCACUGGAAGCCAGCUGUCACGUGAUCUACGGGGAGCGCAUCGGCCUCUUCUCCUCAUCCCCCUCGCUGGAGUCUCAGAAGUUCAUCUGGGCGGUGGAGCGGAUGCUGGCCACCACCCCCCCUCUCCUCUACCUGCCCCACCGCCUGCUGCUCCGCAUCGGCGCCCCCCUGUGGACCCAGCAUGCCACCGCAUGGGACCACAUCUUCAGUCACGCUGACGCGAGGAUCCAGAGGGGGUACCAGCGCCUGUCAUCCCCCCCGGAUCGAGGGUCUGAGGCUGGAAGUCAGUUCAAUGGGGUUCUGGGCCAACUGAUGGAGAAAGGGCAGCUGUCCCUGGAUCUGAUCAAAGCUAACAUCACUGAGCUGAUGGCCGGAGGGGUCGACACGACGGCGGUGCCCCUGCAGUUUGCGCUGUUCGAACUGGGCCGCAACCCGGAGGUGCAGGAGAGGGUGCGGCAGCAGGUGAGGGCGUCGUGGGCGCAGGCCGGCGGAGACCCCCAGAAAGCCCUGCAGGGGGCGCCGCUGCUGAAGGGCACAAUCAAGGAGAUCCUCAGGUUGUAUCCGGUGGGAAUCACAGUGCAGCGGCGCACGAUCAAAGACAUCGUCCUACAGAAUUACCACGUUCCUGCGGGGACCUUGGUCCAGGUCUGUCUUUACCCGCUGGGAAGAAGCACUGAGGUGUUUCAGGAUCCGCAGCGCUUCGAGCCCGAGCGGUGGUGCAGCAAAGGCCCGGCGGCGGACGGGUCGAGCUUCCGCUCGCUGGCGUUUGGGUUUGGGGCGAGGCAGUGCGUCGGGAGGAGGAUCGCUGAGAACGAGAUGCAGCUGCUGCUCAUGCAUAUCCUGCUGAGCUUUCAUCUCAGCGUGCCGUGCACAGACGACAUCAGUACCACCUAUACGCUCAUCCUGCAGCCCAAGACGCCGCCAAGAAUCACGUUCAGCGCGCUGUGAUUCACUCGGACACAGGGGAGCCGUGCUGUCGGCGCCUGACCUUUAAUCACAGCUCCUUUUUCAUCAGCAAAGGUUCUGAGUUGACCGGUAACGACGUUGAUGCUAAUGUCCAGCAGGUGAUGCUAAAACCCCCACUGUUCACACUCGCCUGUUCACUUGUGGCUCGUUCGUGUUGUGCGUCACAGAUCCAACAGGUUGGUCACUUACUAAACCUUACUAAACUUUGCAGCCUAGCUUCACUCUGUGUGUGUGUACUGCCUGCAGUCUACUUCUACUAGGUUUCUAUGACUGUGCCUUUUUUGCUUGAAUGUUAUUUCUCCCAGUGCCAGGUUUCGAUCACCAGCUUUCUUAAGUUCUUUGCUAAACGAGUUGCAGUCCAAUAAAGCAACAUUCAGAUAUGAUUUCACCAGCGUCAACAGGCAGAUCACUCAGUUCCGGACAAAUGAUAGACGUAAGAAUAGGUAGAGUGGAGAAGGUCUUAAUAUUACUGCAUCAUCCUGUGUAUUUCAGUGUUUUCUUGUUUAAAAUGUAAUAAUUGUAUCUUGAAUGUCACAUAAUCGCACUUUGGUCGCCAUGAGUAAACCUGACCUUUGGCCUCA